AUGCAGUCUUGCAGCGGUUUUCUCAGACAAGCUGGUACUGGCCACAGCAUGGCAAGACCCUCUCCCAGGGGAUUAGUGUGGGUACAAGCUGUGGGGGUGUCUGAUGGACUGGCAGCAUCCCUACGGAAUGUUUUCUGUGGCAAGGGCUUCAGCUGGCACUCCCACCUGGUGACCCACAGGCGCAUGCACACAGUCAAGAAGUCCUACGCCUGCACCGGCUGUGGCAAGCUUGGCGGCAGCUGGCACCUUUUCCGGCACCAGAUCAUGCCCCCGGGCGAGAAGCCCUCCACCUGCCCCUCUUGCUGGAAGAGCUUCAGCCAGCACAACACCCUGAUCCAGCACGAGGGCAUCCACACGGGCCAGAAGUCCUAUGUGUGCCAUCGCUGUGCCAAGUGCUUCACCCUCCACUUGGACCUGGUCACCCACCAGGGCACCCCCACAGGCGCCAAGCCCCCUAAGUGCCCCAUCUGCAGCCGGUGCUUCAUGCAGAGCUCGGCCCUGGUCACCCACCGGUGCGCCCACACUGGGGUCAAGCCCUACAUGUGCCCCGAGUGCGGCAAGUGCUUCAGCCAGCACUCCAACCUCGUCACCCACAAUUGCACGUACACGGGCCACAAGCCCUACCACUACCUCGACUGUGGCAAGAGCUUCAGCCACAGCUCACACCUCACCGCCCACCAGCGCAUCCACCACUGCGUCCAGCCCUCCUCCUGCCCACUCGGUGGCAGGAGCUUCGGCCAGUGCUCCAACCUGCACCGGCAUGAGAAGAUCCACACCAUGGGGCUCAAGGCCCUGGCCAUGCUGAUGCUGGGGGUGGUGGGGACUGUGGCGGCACCCCUGCCUGCUCCCACUUAG